ACCUUCAUUGUGAUCAUGACCACGCUGAAGACCAGAAUGAAUUCGAUCUUCUACUCGGAGAAGUCGUUCCGGAAGCAAACGCAUCGACUCAAGGUCGUGUCGCUGGGGAAUGUGCCGUGGCGCCGUGUCCGCGGGGACCGAAGGUUUCCGCGGAAGAGGCAGGGCGGCGGCGUUCGCUGUGAGCCGUGCGUGCAGUGCCGGGCGAAGGCUGCGGGCGCCGCUGUUCACCACGGAAGAGGAGAGGAAGGAGCGGAGCGCUGCAGCCAGCCCCGCCCGCUGCGGCCAGGCUCGCUCGCUCGUCGCUGUAUCGGCGGCCGUGAGGGCUGCGAGCGGCCCCGCGGUACGGAGCAGAGCUACAUAGAGGUCCAGCGAGGCGGAGGGGCUGGCGAUAGCGGACGGCGGCGAGGCCGGUACCGGAAAGGGAAACGGAGCAGGAGCCGGAGAAGGAGUCUGAUCCGAAGCCCUAAGCGAAGAGUCGAGUGGCGGAGCUGUCCGCGGGCGUCCGGUGGCGGCGGGGCCGUGUCGGAGAUGUGCGCGGCGAGAGAAGGGCGCUGGGGCCGGAGGCAGCGAGCGCUGCUGUGCUGCGUGUUGGUGGCGGCGUGGGAGGCGGCGUGGGGACAGCUGCGCUACUCGGUGCCCGAGGAGCUGCCCAAGGGCUCUUUCGUGGGCGACGUGGCCAAGGACCUGGCGCUGCAGCUGGCGGCGCUGCGCGACCGCGGCGCCCGAGUGGUGUCGGCAGAUAGGACGCAGUAUUUCACUCUGCAUGCGAACAGCGGCCACCUGGUGACGGCGGAGAGGCUGGAUAGAGAGCAGCUGUGCGAGGGCGUGCAGCGAUGCGUGCUGCGCUGUGAGGUGAUCGUGGAGGGCGAGAUGAAAGUUUACGGGAUCGAAGUGGAAAUCACGGACAUUAACGAUAAUGCGCCAAGCUUCCGAGAGGCUGAAAAGGAAGUGAGAAUGAGCGAGACGACAGCUCCCGGGUCACGGCUUUCCCUGGUCGAGGCUCACGAUCCGGACGUGGGAGUGAAUUCCCUGCAGAGCUACGAGCUGAGCGGCGACGAGCACUUCUCGCUGUCCGUGCAGGUGGGAGCCGACGGCGAGAAGCGUCCCGAGCUGGUGCUGGCCAAGGCGCUGGACCGGGAGGAGGCGGCGUUUCACGAGCUGGUGCUGAGGGCGAUCGACGGCGGCGAGCCGGCACGGACGGCCACGGUGCGCAUCCGCGUGUCUGUGCUGGACGCCAACGACAACGCGCCCGUGUUCAGCCAGGCGGUGUACGCGGUGCGCGUGCCCGAGGACGUGCCCGUGGGCUCCACCCUGCUCACCCUCACGGCCACCGACGCGGACGGGGGACUUUACGGCAAAGUGCUAUACUCAUUUAAGAAAAUCACUGAUAAAGCGUCGAAGAUGUUCCACCUGGAUCCUGAGACAGGAUCGAUCAGGCUGUUGAGGAGCCUGGACUUCGAGGAAGGCGACUCCUACGAAAUGGAGUUUGAGGCCCAUGACGGUGGCGGCCUUUCCGAUAAGACUGUAGUCGCGAUCUCGGUGAUGGACGUGAACGACAACGCGCCCGAGAUUUCGGUGCGUUCGGCGCUGAGCGAGAUCUCGGAGGACGCGCCGCCGGGGACGGUGGUGGCCCUGCUGCACGUGCAGGACCGCGACUCGGGCGCCAACGGCGAGGUGCGGUGCAGCAUCGAGGAGAGCGUCCCGUUCCGCCUGGAGAAGGCGCUGGACAAUUACUACAGCGUGGUGACGGCGCGGGAGCUGGACCGGGAGGAGGUGUCGGAGUACAACGUGACGGUGUGGGCGUCGGACGGCGGGUCGCCGUCGCUGCGGAGCAGCGCGGUGCUGGCGCUGCGCGUGCUGGACGUGAACGACAACGCGCCGGUGUUCGCGGAGGCGCGCUACAGCGCCCGUCUGCCCGAGAACAACGCCGAGGGCGCGCUGGUGCUGACGGUGCGGGCGUGGGACGCGGACUGGGGGCAGAACGCGCGCGUGCGCUACCGGCUGGCGGAGGGGCGCGUGCGGGGCGCGCCGCUGUCGUCCUACGUGUCGGUGCAGGCGGAGACGGGCGCGCUGUACGCGCUGCGCUCGUUCGACUACGAGGAGGUGCGCGAGGUGGGGCUGUGGGUGCGGGCGGAGGACGGCGGCGCGCCGGCGCUGAGCAGCAACGUGUCAGUGCGGCUGCUGAUCGUGGACGAGAACGACAACGCGCCGCAGGUGCUGUACCCGCCGUCGUCGGCGGCGGCGGCGGCGGGCGCGGGCUGGACGGGCGUGGAGCUGGCGCCGCGCUCGGCGGAGCCCGGCGCGCUGGUGGCCAAGGUGGUGGCGGUGGACGCGGACGCGGGGCAGAACGCGUGGCUGUCCUACGAGCUGGCCAAGGCGACGGAGCCGGGGCUGUUCCGCGUGGGGCUGCACAGCGGCGAGGUGCGCACGGCGCGCUCGCCGCUGGCCCGCGACGCGCCCAGGCACAGCCUGGUGGUGGUGGUGAAGGACCAGGGCCGGCCGGCGCUGUCGGCCACGGCCACGCUGACGGUGGUGCUGGCCGAGAGCGUGGCCGAGCUGCUGUCGGAGCUGGGCAGCGCGGCGGCGCCGGCCGAGCCCGGCGGCAGCCUGACGCGCUGGCUGGUGCUGGCCGUGGCGGCCGUGUCGUGCCUCUUCGUCGCCUUCCUGCUGCUGCUGCUGGCGCUGCGCCUGCGGCGCUGGCGCCGCUCGCAGCUGCUGCCGCCGGCCAGCGGCGCCUUGCGCGGCGUGCCGGCCUCGCACUUCGUGGGCAUCGACGGCGUCCGCGCCUUCCUGCACUCCUACUCGCACGAGGUGUCGCUCACGGCCGACUCGCGCAAGAGCCAGCGGCGCUGGGCGGCCGACAGCUGCUGCAACACGCUCCCGGCGCGGCCGCCGCCCGACAAGGCCGCGCCGCUGCUCGGGGAAGACGCUGCCGGCGCCCGCGGCGCCCCGCCCGACGCCCUCCCGCAAGCUCAGCCUAACACAGACUGGCGCUUCUCUCAGACCCAGAGACCUGGAACAAGUGGCUCCCAGAAUGGAGAGGAAGGUGGAGCCUGGCCGAACAACCAGUUUGACACGGAGAUGCUGCAAGCCAUGAUCCUGGCGUCGGCAAACGAGGCCGCUGAUGGCAACUCGACGCUCGGGGGGGGCACGGGCACCAUGGGGCUGAGCGCCCGCUACGGCCCCCAGUUCACCCUGCAGCACGUCCCUGAUUACCGGCAGAACGUCUACAUCCCGGGCAGCACCGCCACCCUCACCAACGCUGCCGGCAAGAGCAACGCCAAGGGGUCCUCGGGCGGCAACAAGAAGAAAUCCGGGAAGAAGGAGAAGGAGAAGAAGUAGAGAGGAGACCUCAGAGCGUCAGGGCAGCGCGCUCCAGCACUCCCCCAAAACACAGGAGGACGAAUGUGGAUUUUAUUUUUAUUUUUAACAAAUAUUUUUUUUUUUUUUUUGGUGAUGCAAAAGUUAGGAAGCGCUGCGAAUGUAUCAUCAUCAUCAGAGCUAGGAGCAGGGUGUCUCUGCUGUUAGAUCUCAUGAUGAAAACCAAUCCGGAAAAUGAAAGCUAACGCAAACAAGUGCCCUGUUAAUACUAGCCAACGUUUUAUACGACCCCUCGGGUAUUAGAAUAUGCAAGGUGGAAGGGCUUCUGCCAUGUCUUUGGAUUUGAUUUGCUCCAAGAUUGUCCAAGAAAGGCACGAGGCUUGUGCUCGGCUUUGUCCAGUGUAAAUAAUUUUAACAGCGAUCUUUUAAUUUAUAGACCUUGGAUCAUUUUUGGAAAGAAAAAGCAACUUCCUAGCCUAGAACCCAUGCUCCAGAUUUUUUGCUCUUUAGCUUUCUUUUAGCGAAAUUCACCCUGAACUAGUCAUAGCAGUGGAUUUGUUGGUAGGGAGUGCUUCGGUUCCUGUUUACCUGUUAUCCGAAAAAAAAAAAAAAAGAAAAAAAGUAAGUGUUUAUAUUGCAUGAAUCAAAGGGAACAAUGCAGAGCUGCAUCCUAAACAUUUAUUUUUUUUUUUAAGUGCAACCAGCGAUGGCCUGAAAAAUUAGAUAAAAACUCCUGGUGUCUGAGCGGGAGGGAAUUCAGCGCGGGGCUCCUGAGGUGCGCGCAGCUGCCCCGGCGGUUCUGGGGGUCUUUGAAGAGCAGACACAUCUCAUCCCUCUUUUGCAGUAAAUAUUUAUAUGUACAGUAAAUGUCCUUUUGGAAUUAAAGCUAAGGGAGCCACAGCCCCCCUGCGGCAGGCUCCUUCCACCUGAGGGGGGGGCUGGGGGUCUGCCCACGUCUCCCCCCAUCACUCCUGCAUGCCCAUCACUGGCGUCACGCCAUGCUCCACGGAUCCCGGGGUGUCCUCGCAUGCCCACACAGUUUGGGGUGAAGGCACCGGUGGAGGUGCUGUGUCUGUCUGUCUGGGGCUGGGGGGUCACCGUUUUGUACUGGGGGAGCUUUGGGUACUGAGUAAGUGACAAUUGGCGUGGUGGCACCUGAGGAUACAACCCGGGCCAGGGACCUGCGAGCUGGGGGUGAGUGCGUGGUGUCCCUGCAAAGGGGGUGCAGCUGGCACCAGUUUUGGAGGAGGUGGCACUGGCUUUGGGAUUGCCACCCCACGGAGGGAACAGAAGGACAAGGAAUAGGAUUUCUCCACGCUGAGCACAUUUCAAGCAAACCCAGCCCGGAGAAGGGUCCCGGUGGCCUCAGCAGCACUGCCCGUGCCACCCACUGUUUGGGGCACCCCAAACUUCCCAUUUCAGAGCAGUCGUGGGUGCCCAUGAGGGCAGAGAGGGGCUUUUGGUACCCAGAGGUGGAGAGGCAGUGGCCACCCUGGGGUCCGCUCGUUUUCCUGCGGGUUCCUUUUUCUCUUUUUUAAUCACUAACACAUAACUCACCCGAGCAGGUCCAGCCCCGCACAGGAUGCUCACGGCGCCCCGUCCACCUCCACGGUGGCUGCAGGGAGCAGCCCCCACCCCUAGUGCCGCUUCCACAGGCCCACGUAGCUGUCACGUCCCCUCUAGAAACGCUGUAGAUGAAUCGUAGUCUUUAUAUUUCUUUUUAAUCUGCAAGCUGAAGGUAGUGUAGUGAGUGUCGUGUAUUUAGUGGCGUGUUAUUUUUAUCUCGGUAACUAACUUGUGGACACCAGUAUUUUCGAUUUCUCUGUAUCUUCUUUCCAUGUGGUCUGUGCUCCGAGUGUACGUGAGAUGAAACACGUUUGCCCUCUCAAUGUGUCUAAUAUUGAAUUAUACUUAUAUAUUAUAUAUAUGCUUAUAUCCUUCUUAUACCCGUAUAGACCGACGUCGAUGUGUUACACGCAAGUUUUAUACUCUAAUAUUUAUAUUGCUUUUUUUCUUUGGGAAAAAAAAAAUAAUAAAAUGGUUUCUUCUGAA